UUAUAUAUAAGAACUUCAUAUAGAAGUUCAAAAUAAUAAUGAAACUUAUCGCGUUAAAAUCAAUUGUGAUAAAAAAAUUUACGUUGACAAUAAUAACAAUAAUAAACGUUACUAUUGCUACCAAAAACGUUUCGUAUACCGACAGUGACGUUACAUGUUCGACUACAAGAGAAGGCGAUGAUGAGAAGAAAAGUAUUUCGAACUAUUCCGUUCUCUACGAGUAUUUGACUGGAACUGGAGCUCAUAAUUUCAGUGAAUCUGUGACAAUCGGGUUCCUGGGUGCUUAUAGACAAGCUCAAGUUAUGCUUGGAGCCUUGCCGUUAGCUAUUGAAGCUGUAAAUGAAGAUGCAAAUUUAUUGCCUGGGCGUCGUCUAAACUAUGUGGCAGCAGACAUCGGUACUAACCCUCCCGCCCUGGGACUGUCUAGAGGCAAAUCAUCUUUGGCGGCCCACGCCAUACGCGUUAUGACAGAAAUGAGGGAUAAUGGGACCGUGGCGUUCAUUGGACCGGACGAUACUUGUUCGUCUGAAGCAUUAGUCGCAGCCGCUUGGAAUUUGCCCAUGAUUUCAUAUAGAUGCAGCGAUACAAGAGUAUCGAACAAAAGAAUAUUUUUAACCUUCGCAAGAACUUUACCGCCAUCAAGUAAAGUUUCCAAGAGCGUCGUAGCCUUACUCAGAGCGUUCGACUGGCAUACAUUUGUAGUUGUAUCAGGAUCUCAUCCGGCAUCUGGCAGCGAAGUUCAAGAAGCGAUCGAGGAGCAAAGUCAACUACACGGCCUUACUAUAACAGACACAAAAUUAUACUCCGAUUACAUACCUGAAUAUAUUGAGCAGAUGGAUAACAUCGUCGCAGAUACUUAUCUCAGAACUAGAGUGUACGUGUUUGUCGGGGAACACAUCGCUUUAAUAGAUUUCAUCAAGUGUCUCCAAAGGAGAAAACUGCUCGAGACCGGAGACUACGUCGUCAUAUCCGUCGACGAUGAAAUUUACGAUCCGAACAGGAGAAUAAAGCUAAUUCGAAGGGAUUAUUUGGAUCCAUUUCUACAUCACGAAGGGUGGGGUAAUGUCAGUGACGUAAUGGGAUUUAGAUCGGUGUUGAAAUUGACACCAUCUCAUCCUAGGAAUCCAAAUUACAAAUACAUUUGCGAGCAAAUUAAGGCAACCUCUGCAAAGCCGCCAUUUUGUGUACCAUAUCAUCACAAAAUAUUUGACAGUAUCUCGGUACCGAUUCAAGCCGCAUAUUUGUAUGACGCCGUGAUGAUAUAUGCUAGAGCCCUCACCGAAGUCUUUGAAAAUCAUGAGGAUCCUCGGAAUGGAUCUGCGAUUUUGAACAGAAUCAUUAAUAGGUCCUACCAUUCUGUUCAAGGCUAUGACGUAUUCAUUGACAAUAAUGGAGAUGCAGAGGGAAACUUCACAGUGGUCGCUCUGCUUGACGACAAAGAGAUGAAUGGAACGCUUAGAAUGAGUAUGCAACCAGUCGGUUAUUUCCAAUAUAAAUCGAACGGAAGUAAUAAGAUGUCUGCAUUACCGGAAUUCAAAUACUUUGACUUGGAGCGGCCUAUACAGUGGGUAGGUGGGAAACUACCACGUGCUGAGCCCAAAUGUGGAUUUUAUGGAGAGAAAUGUAUAUACAAGAUCGACUGGAAACUCAUCGCAAGCAUGAUUUUGGUUUCGACAAUAGUUAUCGUCGGAGUGCUUUUUGCCGUCAAACAUUACCGUUACGAGCAAAAAUUGGCAUGUUUAUUGUGGAAAAUUGAUAUGAAGGACGUGACCAUUAUUCCUACAGAAACUACUGAAAUUGAAAGCCAGAACAUGAAAAUGAUACGAGUAUGUAGACACAGCCUCUUCCAGCCACCUACAAGUAAUAGUAUCGAUAUUUCAGAACAAACUACAAAGAGAGCACAUACAACCAUUGGAUUGUACAAAGGAAAUAUUGUGGCAAUCAAGUAUCUACAUAAAAGAUCGGUGGAUCUUUCCAGAUCGAUAAGAAAGGAGUUAAAACAGAUUCGAGAAGCCAGACACGAAAAUCUGAUUCCGUUUGUCGGAGCUUGUGUGGAUCACGGCAACGUUGCCAUUUUAACAGCGUAUUCAGCCAGGGGAAGUCUGGAAGACGUACUUAAGAAUAAGGAUUUGAGUUUGGACACUAUGUUUAUAUCAUCGUUGGUAGCCGACAUUUUAAAGGGGAUGAUAUAUCUACACGACAGCGAAAUUGUGUCUCACGGCAACUUAACAUCGAGUAAUUGCUUGAUAGAUAGCAGAUGGGUACUGCAGAUCUCAGAUUUUGGUCUUCAUGAAUUUAAAGCCAAUCAAGAUGAUCCAAAUUGGGAAGACAAGGAACUAAGGAGGCUUGUUUACCGAGCUCCUGAAUUAUUGAGGGAUCCUUCGCCAGUACCGAGAGGUAGUCAGAAAGGAGAUGUUUACUCUUUUGCUAUAUUGCUGUAUGAAAUCAUUGGCAGGGAAGGUCCUUGGGGUAAAAGUACUUUAGAUCGAAGAGAAAUUAUCAAAGGCGUAAAAAAAGAACAUCAAGAAGUACCUCUGAGACCACCUUUGGAACAACUGGGAGCUGCGCAAUAUAUAAUUAAAUGUAUAAAAGCUUGUUGGACUGAAGAACCAGAGCAACGUCCUGAUAUUAGAUAUGUCAGAGUUAGGCUAAAACAAAUGCAGGCCGGCUUAAAGCCAAACAUUUUCGACAAUAUGUUGGCCAUAAUGGAAAAAUACGCUUACAAUUUGGAAGGAUUAGUCCAAGAACGAACUAAUCAGUUGACUGAAGAGAAAAAAAAGACCGAUGCUCUUCUUCACAGAAUGUUACCAAAAACAGUCGCCGAUUCCUUGAAAAAAGGUGAACGAGUCGAAGCUGAAUCCUUCGAAUGCGUGACAAUAUAUUUCAGCGACAUCGUCGGAUUCACCGAACUGUCUGCAGUCAGUACACCAUUACAAGUCAUCGACCUUCUCAACGAUCUUUACACCUUAUUUGAUUCAAUUAUAUCUCAUUAUGACGUAUACAAGGUGGAGACAAUAGGUGAUGCCUACAUGGUAGUCAGCGGUUUGCCUAUAAGGAAUGGCGACAGACAUGCGGGGGAAAUUGCUUCUAUGGCUCUACACUUACUUAGUAAAAUUAAGAGAUUCGACAUUAAGCACAGACAGGGCGAAGUACUUCAAUUAAGAAUAGGAAUACAUUCGGGGCAUGUGGUUGCUGGUGUAGUUGGUCUAAAAAUGCCUAGAUACUGCCUCUUCGGAGACACUGUCAAUACCGCUUCUAGGAUGGAAAGUUAUGGAGAAGCUUUCAAAAUUCACAUAUCACAUGCUACGUUCAUGUUACUUCAAAGACUGGGUGGAUAUUGCUGUGAUGAGAGAGGAGUAAUUCCUAUCAAGGGGAAAGGAGAGAUGCAGACUUAUUGGCUUGUUGGCGAUGAUCCAGCUCAAAGAUUGGCUCGUAUCAGAGAAGAAAUAGUAGGAUCAUCGUUAUUUAGCAGUAUUAGUUCAGAAAGACUGAGUAAUAAAACUCCAGAUCUGUUAAGGAGAACUGGAGUGAACCUUGAAAGCGAUCUUCACAUGUACGAAAAUUGCCAAUCAUGUUUGUCCCAAUCAACGUGUCCAGUUGUGCAACUUCAUCAACGAGCUAGAAGGGCGUUUAACCCUAUCCAAAGUCAGGAAACUGUUGACGGCAGCUUCGACAUGCUGUGUCCAGAGAUGUACAGAUAUCACACUACAAGGCUGAACUACAGUUGCGCACACAGGAACCCCAGGUCUGCACCUACGAUUACUUUUACGGAUCACAACGAACACUUCAUUUGAUUUCAGAUGAUUUUUAACGAAAUCCAUCCAGUAUAAAUGUUUUUUGUCAAUUAUAAUAAUAAUUAAUGUUUAUAUAAACGUAAUUUCAAUGAAAUGUUUGUAUAACACUUCGCAGGUGAAGCGAUCAGUACAAAGUUUUUGGGGUUUUCAAGAAAAAUUGUAUAAAUACAUGGAAAGUUUUUUAUAUAUAUUUUUUAAUAAUAUCCUAUUCCAAAAUGUCUAACUCCCUAUUUGAUUUUUACUCGAUCAUCUUUUUGAAGAAUUUAUCAUUAUUUGAGCAAGCUGGUUUAAUACUAUAUUUUAUCUACAACUAUUGACCUGUAAUAAUUUGCUGUAUAAUUUACUGUGUCUAUCCAAUUUAAUAUUAAAUCUGACAUCACGAUUGAGUAACAAUACAGGGUGGUUCAUCUAUCUAUCUGAAUUAGGGCGUGGUUUAAAGCCCACUAAUGCUGAAGCUUUGGGCUCAUUGUACCCUUCACAGUUUCUAUCACAUCAGAUUGAUUUUCUUGAUGAAUUCAAAAAUAUGUCUGAUGGGCGCUACAACCAUAGUGUAAAGCCAGUGCAUUACACUUGGUUUAAGCCCCCAUAUGUUCCUUACUAUCCAUCUACAGGUCCAUAGUGUUCUUACAGCUUUUUCUGUUAUUUUUUCUAUAUGCCUGCAGAAGCUAAGCUUAUCAUUAAGCUUGUCCUUCAUUCGUUGAAGGUUCUUUUUUCUUGUGAAUGCAACAACAGAGGAUUUUGUCGGGUUUGUGGACAAUCCCUCUUUUAGGCACCAUCUUUCGACAAUAUUUAGUGCCCGCUGCAUCCUUUCGGAUACAACAGACCCAAAUUUACCAUUUACUACGAUGCUUAUGUUGUCUGCAAAUGCUUGCGUGUAGUUUUUUUUCUCUCUAACUCCCAUAAGGGGUCAUCAACCACCAAGGUCCACAUAAGAGGAAAUAACACUCCUUCCUGCGGGCAUCCUCUGUUAACUUCUUGUGUUAAGGAGAUUACUGGUAAUGGUUCUAUGAUUAAGCAUGAACUCAACUCACUUCGUAAUGCAGUGGGCUACUCCACGCCUGUGCCCGGUAUUGAAUUGUAUGAAGCCGAAUCACAGGCUCCUUCUAUAUCUAGGAAGACUCCUAGUGCUAUUUCUUUGCUUUUCACUGCUUGUUCAGCCUCUUUGAGCUAGCCUAUGUAUGGCUGCAUCGCAAGACUUUUCAGAUUGGUAGGCAAACUGGUAUCGAUGUAUCGGUUUAUCCCAUAGAACAUCAUCCCGUAUAUAUCUAUCGAUCAAUUUUUCCAAUGUUUUUAGGAGAAAUGAUGUUAGGCUGAUUGGUCUAAAAGAUUUGGUCUCCUCGUAAGAAGCUUUCCCGGGUUUGGGAAUGAAAACAACCUCCAUCUUUGUGGAAUAUAUCCGAGUACUAUGCUACUUCGGAAUAGUUUACAUAGUGGUCCCUACAGUACUUCCUGGCCCUUUUGUAGUGCCGGGAUUAUACCAUCAGGUCCAGCUGUUUUGUAUGGUUAAAAGGAAUUUAUCACCCACACAAGUUUUGUUCUAUUUACUAUUGAGUUUGCAAGAGACCAGUUUGUUUUUGAAGCCCUAUAAAUUGGUGCCUCAAUACUCCAGUUCUUUUGAUCAAGAAUAAUCUCAUAUUCAGGUAAGUGUGACUUUAGUAGUAAAUCUAAAUUCUCCUCCUCUGUUUUUGUGAGUUCUCCUAGUUGAGUUUUCAGAGAUCUCAUUCAUACUUGCUUAUCUCUCUGUAGAGUUUUCCUGAGUCUGGAACAUUCUGAAAGGCUUUCAAUGCCGUCACAGAAUUUCUUCCAGAAAUUUUCUUUGGCUUUCCUAAUGGCAUAGCCAAAUUCUCUCCUGUAUGCCUUAUAGGAUUCCCCGUUCCUUGAACUUUUGGACGGGUUAAAGUGUAUACGAACUUCUGCUCUUUUUUUAGGAAGGUCUAGAUUCCACCAUACAGCGUGUCGAUCCUCUUUUCUAAUUUUUAAAGGACAGUUUUUUCAAACGUGUUGUUUAGGAUUCAUGUCAGAAAUUCUGACAUAAACUCAAAUUCCACUGAAUUAUUCGGUGUCAGAGGACAGUCCUCCAGUCCCUGUUUGAGUUCUUUGUAUGUCUUCUGACCCGAAGUUUUUUUACCCAUCAGUUUAUAUCGUUAAAAAUUAAUCGAAGUGCUCUGUGAGCACGCCUCUGGAAUUACUAAAUCAACUAUAACAUAUCUGAAAGAUAUCUUAUGAAGAUGUCAACAAACUUUUGAAAAUUUAAUUAAAAUCGACCAAAAUCUUCUCUAGAUAUUAAUAAAAACUUAUUUAAAAAAAUCUUAAAUAUUAAAAAGGAUCAUAGUUUAUUGGACAAGGUACCUUUAGCCAGUUGAUGAAACGAUAUAAACUGGAUCACCCUGUAUAAAAUUAUUCAAUUAUACUGUAGGUAAUUAUUAUUUAAUUCAGUAGCAAUUAAUAGUAAUAAUUACCUAUCGAAUAUCGUGUACUUAAUGGAAUUAAUGGAUAUAUUAUGCUAUUAUAGUAGAAUCAAUGAAUAUAUUAUGCAAUAGUUGUAGAUAAACACACGGUUGCAAGACUUGUUAAAUCUCUUAACAGCGCUAAUGAUCCCAUAACUUUAUUAGUCUUUGGUCCAAGUUUAUUAAGCCCAUGAAUUUUAAUCUUUCAACCAGCUGAUACCAUUUUAAUUCCUUAAUAUUAUAACUUUGCAACUUGUAAACGUUUUACUUUAUUAUUCAUCAAUUAUGAAUACAUUCCAACAAUUAUACCUGAUCGCUCACCAAACAGUGUAAUUUUGUGGCUGUUAACGUUAACUUAAGUACCUAUCUAAAUAAUGAA